AUGUCGACAAUGGACGCUCAGGAUGAACUCGAGGAGGCGGUGAGCCGAAUCUACGGCGAGUGGCUUGCGCGUGGCGGCGGCCUCUCUGGCUCUCGGGCUCGUGCUGCCCAAGCGGAAGAGGCGGAGGGCGGGAGGCGGAAGGAGCGGAGCGGGAGCGGGGGAGAGGGGCUGCGGCUGUUGCGGGAGCGACACGUGCGAUUCCUGUUGAAGGGACUGGACCACCUCUCGAGCAGCUAUGCCAGCUUGGAUGCCAGUCGUCCGUGGCUGGUGUUCUGGAUCGUGCACUCACUCUCCCUCCUCCAGCAUCCCCUCGACGCCUCUCUUGCUGCUCGAUGCGCCGACACGCUGCGCCGCUGCCAGCAUCCCGAGGGCGGCUUCGGAGGAGGGCCAGGGCAGCUGGCACACUUAGCUACCACGUAUGCAGCUGUGGCAGCGCUGCUGACAGUGGGAGGGGAGGAGGCGCUUUCUGUGGUUAACAGGAGAUCGAUGCUUGCCUUUCUGCGCCGCAUGAAGUGCCAAUCAGGGGGUUUCAGGUUGCAUCAAGGGGGCGAGACGGACGUGAGGGGUUGCUAUACUGCCAUGGCGGUGGCGCAUCUGCUCUGCAUCCGCACGCCUGACCUCACAGAGAACGUGGCGGCAUAUGUGCACAGCUGCCAGACGUACGAAGGCGGCAUCGGAGGGGAGCCUUGCGCAGAGGCACAUGGGGGUUACACAUUUUGUGGGCUCGCGGCAGUGUUAUUGGCUGGCGCUGACCCCUGGGAGCAUCUCGACCUGCCACUGCUUCUGGACUGGCUGGUGUUCCGCCAGGGCAGUGUGGAGGGGGGGUUUCAGGGCCGCAGCAACAAGCUGGUGGACGCCUGCUACAGCCUCUGGCAGGGCGGGCUCUUCCCGCUCCUCGCCCUCUGCUCUCCCUCCCACACCCGCCCCAGUGGUGAUGCUAGCUCAGCGCAACAGCCGAGCAACGUGAGCUCAGUGCCGCAUUUGGAGGGUGCAGGAGGGGAUCGGCAAGGCGUGCAGGCAGGCGGCGGCGAGGAGAGGGCGGCUGCUGGUGAUUCAGGAGGGGCUGCUGGUAGCACCUCCCUGCUCUUCCUUCACUUGCUGUGCCUGCAGGUGCCAGAGGGGGGGCUGAGGGACAAACCAGGCAAGUCACGCGACUACUACCACACCUGCUACGCCCUCAGCGGUCUCACAGCGGCCCAGCACUCGCUUCCAGUUACCUUCCCCCACGCCCAUAAUCCCCAGCAACCUGCUGCUAGUGUGGCGCAGGGAGUGGGGGUCGGGGGUAGUGUGUUAGGGCCUGUUUCGAAUCUUCUAGCAGUGGCAGAGCCUCGGUGCAAUCGUGCGCCAAAAUCUGCGGGGAGGGUGAUUCCUGAGGGUGCAUUGGGUUCUCCGCGCUUAUCGGAAUUUUUGCGCCAAGUGAUAUCCGCGCGCGGUCUGACUUCCGCGCAAGCGCCCCCUCCAAUGGGCGAUAAGCGCAAGGCGGAGGCGGAAACGGAGAAGGAACACAAGAAGUCAAAAGCGACGGCAGCGGGGGAAGAAGGGUCCGCGGGCGCAGCGGGGGCAACGGGAGGGGGAGGCGAGGCCAUGGGGGGUUCCUCAGGGUUUAAGGUUUUGAAAGAGGGUGCAGCGGAGAUUUUAGUACAGGGUAACGACGUGUUCUAUAACAAGGCGCAGGUAGUUAAUCGCGACCUGUCCGUUUGCGUGCUCCGCGCGUUCGUCGCGGUUCGGCGGGAGGAGGAGAAUCAGCGCGCCGCGGCUGCGGCGGCGGGUGUGAAGGGACGGGCGCUCCUGAAACACCCCAAUGCGGACCUUGCGGCGAAAUCUGCAGCGGCUGCUGCGGCGAAACUUAGAGGCGGGGAGAAAGGGGGAGGCGCGGAAAAAGGGGAAGGCGGGGAGAAAGGGGGAAGCGCGGAUAAAGGGGAAGGCGGGGAGAAUGGGGAAGCGGGGGAUGGGGAGGGGGAGCAAAAGGAGCAGCAGCAGCAGGCGAAGGUGGCUGAAGUGAAGCCUUUGAGAAUCUUAGAGGGACUUGCAGCAUCAGGGCUGCGGUCGAUCCGGUACGCGAAGGAGAUCCCGGGGGUGGGAACGGUGGUGGCGUUGGACAACGACCCCGUGGCCGUGCAGGCCUGCCAACGCAAUGAGUUUGAUGCGGUGGAUCUGGACCCGUACGGGACGCCGUCGGUCUUCUUGGACGGGGCAGUGCAGGCAGUGGCGGAUGGGGGCAUGCUGCUGGUGACGGCCACUGACAUGGCCGUGCUGUGUGGCAACAAUGCCGAGGUCUGCUACUCCAAGUACGGGGCGUAUCCACACCGUGCCAAGUACUGCCACGAGAUGGCGAUCCGCAUACUGCUCGCCUCCAUCGAGAGUGCGGCGAACCGGUUUAAGCGGCACAUAGUGCCGGUGCUGUCUGUGUCUGUUGACUUCUACAUCCGCGUCUUCGUGCGCGUCUUCACGUCAGCGCAGGCAGUGAAGGCGACACCCAGCAAGCUGGCAUACGUCUUCCAGUGCUCCGGCUGUGACUCCUACCACCUGCAGCCCGUGGGACGGGUUGUUGAGGGGCGCGCCAAGAAACCAGACGCCCCACCUCCUCCUCCCAGGUACCUCCCUGGUCUAGGUCCCGUAAUCCCUCCUGCGUGUGAGCACUGCGGGCGGCAUCUGAGCAUCGGAGGGCCCAUGUGGUCGGCGCCCAUCCAUGAUGCCAGCUGGGUUCGGCUGGUUCUGGGGGAGGUGCAAGCGGGGAAGGCGAAGCUGGCUGGGUUCGGCAAGGUGCAUGGGCUGCUGACUGCUGUGUCUGAGGAGCUCCACGACAUCCCGCUGUACAUCGACCUGCAUGAGAUCAGCACCACACUCAAGUGCACGCCGCCCAGCAUGCUGCUGUUCCGCUCCGCGCUCGUCAACGCCGGGCACCGCGUGUCAGGGGCGCACUCCAACCCGCUUGGCAUCAAGACCGACGCCCCCCUGGGUCUUAUCUGGGACGUCAUGCGCUGCUGGAUCCGAGACCACCCCGUGAAGUCCCAAGGGGAGGGCAGCCCAGCUGACACGAUUCUGGCCAAGCCCCCCACGACUGAGGUCAAUUUUGCCAAAGCGCCAAAGGCGUUGAGCAAGGCACAGCAGAAGGGAGUGGCUCGGUUUGUGCCCAACCCAGAGGCGUACUGGGGCCCUAAGCCGCGUGCUGGGAGGAAGGAUGCCACUGCCAUGGCUGUGCUGGCUCGGGAAGAAGGCGCGGAGGGGAAGGAGCAAGGGGGACAGGCGGACGGGAAAAGGGAUGAGACGGCUGAAUGA